CGGUCUCUCUCUCUCUACUCUCAACUUCAAAACUUGGAUUCGUUUGAUUCACAACUCAUAAGAACCCUUCCUUACACCAGUUCACCUGAUUUGGAAAUUCGCGGAUUGGCCCUUCAAGUAUUCAUGAGGAAUUGACCAGAAAGUUUUUUCCUUUUUCCAAUUUCCGGUAAAAAGGAAAGUAAUUUGGGUAUUGAUAGACUUCUAGGGUCUUGUGAACUCCAAAUCUCUGAGAAACCCUCUAAAUUCUAAAAUUUGGGAACUUCUCCGGCGAGAUUGCUUAAAAAAAACUAGCUAAAGAUUGAACUUUGAUUUGUGGGUUUGCGAUUUUGUCUAAUGGAGAGAUCUAGAUCGAAGAGAAACUACCACUAUGACCAAGACUAUGACGGAGAUUCCAUGCCCAGGUCUAAACCUCGCUACAACAAUAAUUACCAUUUUGGUGGCGGCGGCGGCGGUGGGAAUAACAGAUACCGUGGCGGAGGUGGUGGUGGUGGAGGAGGAGGUGGGAAUGGCCGUCCAUCCAAGUCUCACCCUGAAACGAUGGCUACGACGGCUUAUCGAAUCCUCUGUCACGAUGCUAAAGCUGGAGGCGUCAUUGGUAAAUCCGGGACAAUCAUUAAGUCCAUAAGACAGCAUACCGGCGCGUGGAUUAACGUGCAUGAGCUGGUUCCCGGAGACGCUGAGCGUAUCAUUGAGAUUUCAGACAACCGCCGUCGUGAUCCUGAUGGGAGAAUGCCGUCUUUCUCUCCGGCUCAGGAGGCUCUGUUUAGUGUUCAUGAUAGGAUUUUGGAGAGUGAACCUCAGUUUGGGUAUGGUGGAGCACAGCCGGAAGAGGAGGAGGAUUACGGUGGAGUUAGACCUGGUGGAGGGAGAGUGGUGACGAGACUGGUGGUUUCUAGGAUGCAUGUUGGUUGCUUGUUGGGUAAAGGUGGGAAGAUCAUUGAGCAGAUGAGGAUUGAAACUAAGACUCAUAUUCGGAUUCUUCCAAGGGAGAGUAACUUGCCUCGUUGUGUUUCACUCUCUGAAGAGAUUGUUCAGAUUGUAGGUGAACUUCAUGCUGUGAAAAAUGCUUUAGCCAUUGUUUCAUCUCGUUUAAGAGAGAGUCAACAUCGUGAUCGUAAUAAUUUCCAAGGGCGUUUACAUUCACCAGAACGGCCGUUUCCAGCUGCUGCGGAUGAUUACAUCCCACAGCAAAGAAGACAACCAUCAGAGAGGUUUCCUCAAGGUAAUUACAGAAACAACAACUUCAGUUCUCGCCAAUCCAACUUUGCAGAAGAAGCUUCAGCAGUUCCGGUUGGUGAGAAUGCACAGCCUUUCUACACCGAAGAGCUUGUGUUCCGGAUUCUCUGCCCUACUGACAAGAUUUUUCGGGUUGUUGGGGAAACACAAGGAAUAAUAAAUUUGCUUCAAAACGAUAUUGGCGUGGACGUAAGAGUAUCUGACCCAGUAGCUGGUUCUGAUGAACAGAUAAUCACCAUUUCUUCGGAAGAGGCUCCUGAUGAUCCACUUUUCCCUGCUCAAGAAGCCUUGUUGCACAUUCAAACUCAGAUCAUAGAUCUUAUUCCGGAUCAAGAUACUUUAAUAACAACGAGAUUAGUUGUCCCAUCUAGAGACUCCAUAUGUUUGGAAGGGAAAGCAGGAUCAGUAUCUGAGAUAUCACGAUUAACUGGAACAAGCGUUCAAAUUCUAGCUAGGGAAGAAAUUCCCCGAUUUGUUUCCAUCAAUGAUGUUGUUAUACAGAUCGCUGGUGAGAUCAGAGCAGCUCGAGAAGCACUUGUGGAAUUAACGUCACGAUUGAGGAGUCAUAUGUACAAGGAGCUCUCUCAAAAGGAGACACCACCAGCUUCUACAUCCACAUCUGGCCCUCUUGAAGGUGUUGCAGGAGUAAUGGAGGUUGCUUCCUCAAAUAACACAACUCAAUCCCGUGAAGGUCUUACUGGUUCCAAUCUGAUCUUGCAGCAAGCUAGCACAAUCAUGCCACAAUUCAAGGAAGCUGUUGGAUCAGUUGCAAAGGCUGGCGAAAGUGAACACCGAGAUGAGGUUCCUGUCACAACAAGCAGAAUGGCGGUGCCACUUGUUACUAGGAGCACUCUUGAAGUUGUCUUACCAGAGGCUGCGCUUCAUAAGCUCGUUACGAAAUCAAGAAACAAGCUUGCACAUAUCAGUGAGUGGUCUGGAGCUAGUGUAACCUUAGUUGAAGACCGACCAGAAGAAACACAGAAUAUCAUUCGAAUUUCGGGUACACCCGAGCAGGCAGAGAGAGCACAGAGCUUGCUUCAAGGCUUCAUCCUGAGCAUGCAAGAGGAUGUAAUGUGAGCUUGGACCGGAUCAUCAUCGGUUAACAGAGGGAUGAAGAUAAAGAAACUGUGAAAUGUGGAGUUAUGUAUGAUUUGUUGAAUAUUAGGAUUUCAGUGGGCAGUUUGAGGACUAGUUAGAUGAACAAUCUACAUUUUGACAAUAACUCUUUGGUUUCUAUGUUGUCUAUUAGUCUUCUUUUACAUUGUUCAGUUCUGUAACUUUUUACAAAGUCAUUAAAAUUUAAUCCGAAAGUAAACAUUCAAAUUCUUUUC